GUGGGAUCUACAUUUUUGGACAUGGGGAAAUCUCGUGUUCAUUUGUUUUCCAAAAAUCUUAAAUUAUUUAAUAUUUAUUAAUCUAGUUUUAUUCUAUUAACCAAACCAUUGAAUUGGAUCUGCCAUGCGUAAUUGUGACUUUACAAGGAUUCACAUCACAUCCUAAAGGGACUGCGGAUAGACUUGGAGGUACAGUAUGUGGCUAGCAACAGUCAAAGUAGCAGUAUUUGUUGUGUUGCCAGUCAUUUGAAUAUAUACAAUUCAAUUGAAAACAGCAGCAGCAACAUUCCACUGGCUGUGUCUCUCACAGAGUUCAGUUCAGCUUCACGGCUGUUGGUGGUGCGCUGAGAUUACUCUACCACAGAGAAAUCUAAAGACCUGCAGAUGCUUCCCUAUAACCAGUUUAAGACAGUGGGGAUGAUGCCCUGGGAGAGAUAUGUCACUACUUACAACAGAGACUUUCCGCCCUUCAGUGAGCGUCGGCCGCAGGUCAACCAGCCGAAGUCGAGGACUGAAGCUCAGGCUGCUACUUCAUUCAUCAGCCCACCUCAGACCGAACGUGAAACCUGGCCUAUAUUUCACCAUAACUUUUACAAGACGUCUAACAGCGCCUACGGCUCAGGUUUACAGCCUCCCUCUUAUUCUCUCUUCCCUGCUUCCUUGCAUCCUUUUGGAUCUAUACUUGGCGAGGAGGCGAAAAGUCGAUUGAACUGUGUUUUUGAUCCAAAAGUAAAUGUGUUGGAGCAGCAGGAAGCAAGAGAUGAGCCGCAGCAGAAGCUUGAUGUUCUCUAUGAGGAAGGUGUGAUUGUGUUGUUAUCUCGUGUGGAUCCGUCCUGCUGUGAAGACCUCCUCAGAUCUGUCUGCAGUGAAGGCGAGUUGAAUAACCUGCUCCACCUCCCCGAGGCCUCCCGUCCAAUUAUCACCAUGAAAGAUGCGGAAAAUUGUGAUGGCUAUUGGAGGGGCUGGGGACCGGCUUCUGGACUGACAAACAGCUCCUUCAUUCAGCCUACUUCGAGCAGUUGCUAUGCAUGGGACCCUGAGUGCUCUAGUUGUUACUUCAAGAUGCAAACCUGCCCCCCUCGUAGCAGCACUCUCACUCCGGCCCACAUACAGCCGACCUUCCACUGCGCAGAGCCCAGCAGGACGCAGCCGAUGACAGAGUACCAAUCCAGGUACUCUGCUGCGUGGGCCCAGCCUAAGAUGCAGCAGAGUUGCGGUCACCAUCGUCAUUGACCUCCUCAAAAGACACUUUAUUCUUCCCUCUGAAUCUCAUCUCUUGCUUCAAUACACUGCAGAUCAACCAAAAUACAUUGUUUGUGUCUUGUGUCAAACAGUUUAAAAAAAGGGAUGCUAUUUCUUCCAAUCACUUGCACUUUUUAGCCUGAAAGGGGUACCACAUGGGAAAAAUCCUUCCUAACAGAGGCAGCGGUCAAUGAUUCUCGCCUCAGGAUACAGAAGCUGAGGAUGAGUCAUAAAACAGCAGUAAAGCAUCUGCUGGCAGGAAGACUCUUAAAGGAGACAGUACAAUGGGCUUCUUGACAUCCUGAGGUUUAACUGUGCAGCAGCAGUUAAGAAGUACACAGAUCCCUUUAGUAAACAUACCACAAUAUAACAUUUAAGUAAAGUCCUGCAGUAAACCUACUGUGCUCUAGCAAUUGUAAAAGUUGUAAUGAUUAUUACUUAAGUCUUGUUCUAAAAGUCUCUAGUACAUGCAGCUUUAAUGUACAAGUAAACACACUUAACAGGGUGCUGCCAUGGUGAAAAAAAGGGAAUGCCUUCUCCGGUUUUAUCAUUUAUUUUUCAACAAAAAAACAGUUCUGCAAUCACGUUCUGAGUAGCAGAGAUUAUAAGGGGUCACUAAGGUCAUCAUACUAGAUUGAUGAUGUUCUGCUUGCUUUAUAAAAUGGUGAUCUUCCAAUGGGGUCAUUUGCGUCCGUGAGUGAUGCCACACUCAUUUACUGCUUCUGUUCGGGGGUUAGAUGAUUCAUCCUUGCUGCUCUUUUUCUGAGACUCCCUCCUAAAUGGGUAAUUGGCAUGUGGCUUUUGUCAUUGUAGUCAGACACCCUGAACAAGCCACUCGCUCCUCCUUACAGAAGUGGUUGACUGUAGAAAACGACCCUGACCCCACCACUCCAAAGGGAGGACAUCAUUCGGCCAUAAAUGCUCUGGGUCUGUUUCAGGAACCUCAUAUGUUUUGUGUUCAGAAGGACUGGAGACAGUAGCCAGCAUGAGGCCUAAAGAAAGGAGGUCAACAUGACCUGUGCGGCAGCGUGUUGCUUUUUCCCUCGUCCUCGUGUUUUUCAGUGAAGGAUGAUUGAAGUCAGUUUGUCCUGACGUGUGAAGAUCUCCGGUGAGGAAGUCCAGAUAGAAAGAGCGCCAAGUCGAUUGUGUAGUUUGAUGUUUCAUAGCCUUCCUAAAACAUAGAAACAUAACUUCAGUUACAACUUAAUGACUUCUUGGGUUGAAAUUGUAAAAAAAAAAAAUCACAUUACAUAGCAUCAGGAGGUUCCCAAACAUCCCUGAUUGUUCCUGUUACUUUAAUGGCUGCUAGACAUUUUUAAUUGGCAUUUUCUACAUUAAGAGCACUUUGUUCAUACCUGCAGCGAUCUGCUCUGGCUCAAGCUCCAUACCCAUGUAAUAUUUCUCCCUUCUUAGAGUUUUCAUUUCCUCCGAUGAAGGCCAAUGUUUGAACAAUCUCAUCACAAAGUUCAUUCAGAAGAUGACCUUCAGUCAUAACAGUCGUCAUGGGAUUGCAAAUGCCCAAAUAAGUGGUGCUAGAGAAAAUGGAUAUUUCAACUUUACAUUUCCAUGACUACUAGGGAAAAUCUGCCAGGAAGAUUUUUGUGAUAUGAUCCAAAGCUUGAGGACAGAUACUGAAUGGUCCUUGUGGUGAGAUUGUUUGUAACAUUCAUGACAAUAACAAAAGUAUAUAGAAUAGUUUUGUCAAGGCUACAUUUUAACAAUACCCUGACAAUUAGGCAAAUGAUUGUACAAAAUAACACCAAGCAUAUAUACCUUUACUAUUACACUACUGUCCAUUUAGUAAACCAAAUUAAAAGAACAUUUCCCAAUGAAGCAACAUUGAUAGUAUUAGAGGUUAUUUGAAUUAUACAAAUCUUUGGAAAAUAGAAGCAUAAAACCAUAUUGAUUUAUUGGGGACCAGUGUGCAUCAAAAUGUGACAAAAGACCAACAAAGAGCAACUGUCUUUUAACAUCUUUAUUCUUCUUUUUUCAUUAUUUUUAUUUGUAUUGAAAUUCUUACUCUUUGUGUCUUCAGGACCUCUUUUCUUUUUUCUUUUUUUUUUAAACGGCGUAUGUCAUCUAAACGCGUCUAAACAAAAUCACCAAAAAUGAUUUCAUGUUGUACAAUCCACCUGGCGGACAUUCCUAUUGGCUUCACCAGGGCGCCAUUCACCACAACACUGUGAGGAAGUUCAAUUUUAAACACAGAUUUCACACUUUAAGAACACACCGGAGUACUUGUUAGGCUGCAUGGUUGUAAAAGGAGAGCUCAAAUACUUCAAUAAGUUACAAGUGCACAAGUGUGUUCUUAACACCUAAACACAACAGACAUUAUCACUGUUAAUACUAAAAAUGAAUGGUGACAUUAAGAACAUAUAUGUUCAGGUCACAAGAUAAUGCCUCUGCAUUUUAAACCAUAAGUGGCUGAGACUAGAACAUGACAUCUGGGUUUCCUGAAAAGCAUCUUCACAUACUACUACCUUUCCCUUUUCGACUCAAUGGGAGAUUAUACUUGCACUAAACAGGCGAUGUUUCAAGGAAAGCCAGACCGCUACAAAGAUUUAUGGUUAAAAAGAACUUCCUCAAAAGACGUCAACCUACAAAGAAGAACAGCAAGGAAGCCAUACUGCCAGCCACAUGUUCCAUACUGCUUUAUUCUGAUUGGCCAUGACAAUAUUGUCCCCUCACAUUCCCUCCUGCAAACAGGACUGAAUGACACCACAGGUUACUGUACCCAGUAGAGACACAAAAUUCCUCAUCCUCAAAAACAUGAAGAGAAAAAAAAAGAAAUAAAAUAGGAGGAGAGGCUAUUUGAAAACCUGAUUUGGAUAUGGACACUUGAUCUGAUGCUGGACAAACCAAAUGAUCCGGCAGAAAGAGGCAGUGGCUGUGUUCCAGACCAAAUACUCCCCUGUAACAAGGUUGUUCACUACACCCCAUAAAUCUAAAUUGAACUAAAGGAUGACGCCGUGAACACAAAUAACUGAGAUUUUUUUAUUAAAGGGCCAAAAAUCUCUGACCUUGCCUCUAUAAUAAUAUUUGUCUUGCUUAACUCAACUGGAUGCAUGAUUGAGAAACUCACGCAUCUGAGAAAAGAUAAACAUGGACUUCCACAUAAAUUGGGAAAAUAACUUCUCAUCCAUGAUUACCUGUCUGUUCAGAUCACUUCAAGAACAAGCGUGCAGGGAGGGUGGGGUCUGUAUUUAGUUUGGAACGGAGCCGCCGCAGAUACAAAGAAGAGCCCACAUUUAUAGAUGCACAAGAGCUGUGACGUCGCCAUGAGCUUAUUACGUCAUAGUAGCAAACGGGUGUGACUGACCGUAAUGACACAACAGAGCAGCUGCAGAAACCCAUCAAGUCCCCUGAAAUGUUAGUCAUUCUUUAAACUGUACUAUUGUGGAGACCUUUGAUCUACAGACGAUGUUUCUCAAAUCUGACAGCACACAAAUUAACACUUAAGUGAAGCAAUUUCUCCAAGUUUAUUAUUAUUAGGUGUUUUUGGAUUGACGCUUUGUCCUGGUUUCACUCCUUGGUAGCUGCCUCAGUUCCAAGGGGACAUCGAUGAGAUCUGCAUACUCUGUAAACAUCAACAGUGCCAUCUGAAAUGCGAUGAUGAGCUAGCGCCCGCAGUAAGGGCGGUGCUGGUAUUACACCCCUCCCCCACCCCGUUCCCAAUGUCCCUCAGUUUACAAGAAACAAACAGGAAAUAAAAAGAUUAAAGAAACAAAAAGAAAAA